CAAAUGUCACUUUUGACAUUAAAUUUAAUUUGUCAAGACGGCAAUUUCAUUCAAAAGUGUUGAAAAAAUGGAUAAAUUUGCGGAAGUGAAUCGAGAAAAUAAGGAGCCGGGAGGAAACUGGAGCGAUUCUUCAUCUACAAGCACCAGCCUCUACGGUGACUGUGAAGAUGAGAUCUGUCUGUACAUACCUAGCGGCACCAGCAGCAGCGAUUCCGGCUCCGAAGAUGAAACUUGCCCGAAAAAACGUCGGCGCAAAAUUCCCCUCGAUUCGUCUCAGCCCAGCACUAGCAACACUUUAGUGCGCAAACGCAGAUGCAACUUACCAAAAGAAGCCAUCAAAAUAAUGAAACGUUGGCUUUGCGAUAAUAAAUACAACGCUUACCCUAGCGAUUCUGAUAAGCUGAUGAUUGCUAGGGUAACUGGAUUGACAGUGUUGCAAGUUUGCAACUGGUUCAUUAAUGCCCGUAGAAGAAUUUUGCCAGAAUUGAUUCGUAGGGAAGGCAACGAUCCCUCUUACUAUACAAUAACUCACAGAGGUAAAAGGAUGAGUUUAGCUGCCAAUAAUGGAUGGCACAAAUACGAAUCCAGAGAUAGAGUUGGAAGACCUGAAAGCGAUCUUACCGAAGAGGAAAGAAGAGAGUUUCAGCUGACGGAAACUGACGAGGAGGAUUACGCUUGGUCGUGUUUUUACCGGAAGAAUCAAGUUCCAAAAUCUAAUUUCGCACCGUCAGUUCCUAAAGUCAUUGUGGAAUGUAUACCUCAGCUUAGUGUUGCUGAACUUGCGACGAUCAGAGAAAAUGGGGUACUGGUAGAAACUGAGGUAGCUCAGAAUAAUGUCAUUGAAAAGGAAGAAAAUAAAUGACUAAAAUAUGGAAAAUUGCUAUAUAGAUGUUAAAAGUUAUUUGUUGAGUUUGUAAUUUUAAUGAUAAUUGCUGUAUGUUAUUGAUUGAGAAUGUUACUUUUUUUUAUGUAAUAAAAUUAUUUAGAGAAGAA